AUGAACUCACUCAUCGGAAUCAACCCGAAAAACCCCAGUUGGGACUUGAACAAAAGUAAAUGCGGAGUUAAUUCUACAAGUAAAUUUACAAGUCAUGGCGUCGUCUGUACCUAUGAAGAAAUCGAUGAGCUUCCAUUCAUGGCUUCCCUGGGACCAGUUCUUACCAUCCUGGCAGUCUACUUAGUCUUCGUCCUGAAGAUAGGACCAGCUUUCAUGAGGAAACGAGAGGGAUACAAGCUAACAUACACGCUACUCAUCUACAAUGCUAUCCAAGUGGCAUUCUCUAUCUAUAUGGUUUACAGGUUUCUGCUAGAUCUACUUGACAUGGGUCUGGUUCCAAAGAAGUGUUACAUGAAUGAAGAUAGUUCAAGGAAUAGAAUCCUUCUGGGCACGUACCUGUAUUUAGCAGCAAAGCUAACAGAACUUUUAGAUACCGUAUUUUUUGUUCUAAGAAAGAAGAACAAUCAGAUUACUUUUCUACAUCUAUACCAUCAUACUGUCAUGGUGAUUGGCACAUGGGUUUUGCUCAAAUAUUGGCCGUCACACACACUGAUAUUCAUCGGGUUCCUGAAUUCGUUGGUGCAUGUAUUUAUGUACACUUAUUAUGGAUUGGCUGCAUUGGGCCCAAAUGUCGCCAAAUAUUUGUGGUGGAAGAAAUACAUGACCAAGUUUCAGCUGAUCCAGUUUGUAUCAAUCAUCAUUCAAUACAUAGCAACUGUGCGAGUGUCAGACUGUCCACCAGCUAGAGGUGUGGCCAUAUUUGUGUCUUGUAAUACCGGAGUCAUUCUCCUACUCUUCCUCAACUUUUACCGUCAGAAUUACAAUAAAAGAAGAGGUGGCAUCGUCACCAAUAAUUCCCUACCGUCGCUGUGCCUACCAAAAGAAGAAUAG